AUAGUCCCAGAAACUUUGGAUGGCUUGUCCCCCAAGCCCACCACGAUCGUCCUCUUCUUCACAAGAAAACAAAAACCUUUAAAAUAGUCUCACAACACAAAUCAAGCACCAGCCGAGAGACAAGCAGGCAAGCAUGGCGAGGUACGACAGAGCAAUCACGGUGUUCUCGCCGGACGGCCACCUCUUCCAAGUCGAAUACGCCCUCGAAGCCGUCCGCAAGGGCAACGCCGCCGUCGGCGUCAGAGGCACCGACACCAUCGUUCUUGGCGUCGAGAAGAAGUCCACCGCCAAACUCCAAGACUCCAGAUCAGUUAGGAAGAUUGUAAGCCUGGAUGAUCACAUUGCAAUGGCCUGUGCUGGGCUUAAAGCAGAUGCUCGUGUUCUUAUAAACAGGGCACGUAUCGAAUGUCAAAGCCACAGGCUUACUGUUGAGGAUCCUGUAACUGUUGAGUAUAUUACACGUUACAUCGCUGGUCUUCAACAGAAGUACACACAAAGUGGUGGUGUGAGGCCAUUUGGUCUUUCAACUUUGAUUGUGGGCUUUGACCCUCACACUGGUGUGCCAUCGCUAUAUCAGACAGAUCCAUCAGGUACUUUUUCUGCAUGGAAAGCUAAUGCAACUGGGAGAAACUCUAAUUCAAUGCGAGAAUUUUUGGAGAAAAAUUAUAAAGAAACUUCUGGGCAAGAAACUGUCAAACUUGCAAUUCGCGCCUUGCUCGAAGUUGUUGAGAGUGGGGGAAAGAACAUUGAAGUUGCUGUGAUGACGAAGGAGCAUGGUCUGCGGCAACUUGAAGAAGAGGAAAUCGACGCCAUCGUUGCUGAGAUCGAAGCUGAGAAAGCAGCUGCUGAGGCAGCAAAGAAGGGCCCUCCCAAGGAAACAUAAUUCUGUUUUUUCUUUGUUCUUUUCCUUUUGCCAAUGGUACACCAUUCUGAUAAUUUCGCAACUUAUUGGGGUAACAUUAUGUUUUGUCAAAGUCUUAUAUUCUAGAUGGUGAUGUGGAUUAGAAUGAUAUCAGUUGAUAUUUCUGUUGCAGUAUCGCUGUCAAGUCUUUUAUAUAUUCCCCUUAUUUAAUGGCUUGCGGUCUGCCAAUUGAUCUUUUAA